UUUCCGGAUCGCCGCGAAUCUCUAUGGUUACCGAGAAAUUCAAACUUUGGUGGGCAAGAAGAACCACUCUACUAAUUAGUUACUUUGUCUUUUUAGUUGGUUGGAUCUAUUUUGUCGUCCUUUCCUUUUAGUUUCAGCCAUGGUGCAGACCUGUGCCGUCAUAGGAUGCACAAAUAGGUAUACGCGUGGCUGUGGAGGUGGUUUCCACCGAUUUCCAACAAAUCCCAAGCGCAGGGGACUCUGGAUUGCUGCAAUUCGCCGUAAAGAAGCUGAUGGAUCGCCCUGGACACCAGACACUGACGAGCGAGUCUGCAAGAAGCAUUUUGUUCUUGGCAAUCCGAAUGCAAAGGAAGCAAAGGAUGACGAGUCCCAUCCUGACUAUGUGCCGUCCUUGAAGCUCGGUUAUGACUCCGCGAACCCUGAAACAGCUACGUCAAAAAUCGAUCGUUCUGUCCGACGUGAGAAGUUUACUGAGCUGAGGAAAAAGAAAUUGGCUGAUGCUGCAAGGCUGAAGCAGAAAGAAGAGGCAAGGAAGGCAAGCCAACGACAUGGUGUUUCUCAUGACCACUCGUACUUCGCCAAACUUCAACUGUCCUCUCCUAUUUUCAAGAACUCAACCGGGAUGUCCAGUCUUCUGAAUCUUCAAGUGCCAACUAUUGCUCCUAUCAAGGUGUCUACAGCAUGUGGACCUGAUGAACCCUACACCUCGGACACUGAUCGUUUGGAAGAGGAAUGCAAGAAGUUGAGGGCGGAAGUUGAACGGCUAAAGCGGCGUUGCGGGGAACUAGAGACUGGGCUUUCGAAGGCACAGUUUGGUGUGCACUGGAUUGACGAGUCUGAUGAGAAGUGUCGCUUCCUCACUGGUCUGCCGAACCGCUCCGUGUUCCAUGCUGUCUUAGGUCAUGUGCAGGAGAAGGCCGCAAAGCUCACUGCCUGGCGCGGUGAUUCCACCAGUGACCCCAAGGACAACAAGCCUGGCCCUCGGAUGACCAAGGACUUGUCCAUUGCCAACCAGUUCUUUGCGACGCUUGUCCGGUUGCGCCAUGGUAUGUGUGGCGGGUUUGUGGCAGCCCUGAUGCAAAUGCCUGACUCCACGUUCAGCAGGAUGUACUCCACGUGGAUUCUGUUUCUGUCCCGUGAGCUGUCUUUCCUCUUCCCGUUCCCGUCCAGACAACUUGUGGACAAGUUCAUGCCACCGUGCUUUAAGUCCAAGUUUCCGCAGACGAGGAUUAUCAUUGACUGUUUGGAGAUCCAGAUGGAGCGCCCAACUUCUCUCCUGAACCAGUCGAUCACUUACUCCAGCUACAAGAGCCGGAACACCAUGAAGAUUCUUGUAGGUGUUUCACCUGCUGGUCUUGUGACUUUUGUGUCGGAUGUUUGGGGUGGCCGAGUCAGUGACAAGGUCAUCACAGAGCAGAGCGGUCUGUUGCAGCUUCUGGAGAAGGGUGACAGUGUCAUGGCUGACAAGGGCUUUGACAUCGAGGUGCCUCUUGCUCUCCAUGGAGUGAAACUGAACAUCCCGCCAAAGCUCGGUGCUGAUAGCCAGAUGAGCGCCCAGAAGAUCGAGAAGACCUGCCGCAUUGCAGAGCUGCGUAUCCAUGUCGAACGGGCUAGCGGACGUGCACGUUGCUACCGUGUCCUCAACACUGUGUUCCCUGUGAGCAUGUCGAGUCUGUCGUCUCACAUCGUGAAAGUGUGCUUCUUCCUCACAAACUUCGACGCCCCGCUAGUAAAUUGAAGAGACAUGUGAAUCACUAUAUUCAAGUUCUAUCUUCUUUUGUUCUCUUUAUUAUGGUCUAUUUUUCAGCACACUAUAAUAAUAAUAAUAACCACUCUUAUUUUACUUCGGUUUCUCCAACAGACGAUUCGUCUUAUUACUGGAGCCCGAAGGGAGGUGCACAGUUGGAAUCAUUUUUCUGAACAUAUCAGAGCAGGAUCGGAGCUGGAUUCGCACGCUAUCUUCACAUGUAAUGUAAAUACAAAGUACGGCUACAUGGCGCGGC